UUUUCUUUUGUCAGCCCAAAAUUUCUCAUUUUCCCACACAUAUACAUAUACAUUGUAUGUGUAUAUAUGUCCACACACUCCAACAAACAAGGGUUUAGUGCAUUUAAUCUAAUAAGGUUGAACUUUGAACAAAAUUGGCUAGAUUAACAAGCUUGAAGAUUUUGGGGUUCAUGAUUUGUUGUUUAUUUGGGGGUGAUAUUCAUUUUGAGCAAGUGGGGUUUAGUUUGUUUGUGGAAAGAUUCAAUCUUUGUGAAUGAUUUGAAGAUAGAUACUCAUUGUUCUGCAGCAGAUGGCUACAAUCUGUUCCACGAGUGAGUGAUCACAUAAACAUGGAUUUACGAGACGAAAGCUCAAGACUCGGAUCGAAUAUACGGAAUUUAUCAUCUUCAUCCUCCGUCUUUUUCUCCGCAAAUCAGUCACCAUUCUUCUCUCCAAGAUCAUCAUUUUGGCAACCAGCUAAUGAUGGCCCGGUGCAGGCAACAACUACAUCACACAACCCGUUACCAUACGCCACCUGUCACGAAAACGAAGCUUUCGAACACAAAGAAAAGCCAAAGAAAGCCCUCCGAAGCCCGUUAUCAUCGUUUACCCCGCCCUCAACCUCGUACGGUCCCACAAGAUUAAGAAACUUCGACGUGUAUAUUGGAUUUCACGGCAAAAAGCAGUUACUAUUAAGGUUUGUAAACUGGCUUCGAGCCGACUUAGAAGUACAAGGAUUAAGUUGCUUUGUUACAGAUAGAGCGAAAUGUCGCAACUUGAGAAAACAUAACAUUGUAGAAAAAGCAAUGGACGCGUCUGCAUUUGGGGUUAUUAUACUCACAAGAAAAUCGUUUAGGAACGCGUAUACGAUCGAGGAGCUACGGUUCUUUGCAAGUAAGAAGAAUCUGGUACCUGUUUAUUUUGACGUGGGCCCGGAUGAUUGUCUUGUUAGAGAUAUAGUCGAGAGACGAGGGGAGACGUGGGAACGACAUGGUGGAGAGCUUUGGCUUCUUUAUGGCGGGUUAGAACACGAAUGGAAAGAAGCAGUCAACGGGUUGACCCGUGUUGACGAAUGGAAAUUGGAGGCCCGUGAUGGGAAAUGGCGGGAUUGUAUACUUCGGGCCGUGACCGUUUUAGCAUCGAGGUUAGGCCGGAGAAGCGUAGUCGAUAGAUUAACAAAAUGGCGGGAAAAUGUCGAAAACAAAGAGUUUCCGUACCCUCGAAAUGAGAACUUUAUCGGGAGGAAGAAGGAGCUUUCUGAGCUUGAGUUCAUGCUUUUUGGCGACGUUAUCGGGGACGGAGAACGGGAUUAUUUUGAGCUUAAAGCGAGACCGAGAAGAAAGAAUUUGAUUCAUAGUUGGGGUAGGAGUAAUUCGAUAGAUGAACGUAAAAGAGAAGUGAAAACCGAGGUUAGAAAACGGAAAUCGAGAAAAGGGAAAGAACCAGUGGUUUGGAAGGAAUCCGAGAAGGAAAUCGAGAUGCAAAAUGCGGAUUUUACACCGAAACUGAAACCUGGUAGACGAAAACGGGCUGUGAAAGUUGUGUACGGAAAGGGAAUCGCGUGCGUAUCCGGGGACUCUGGUAUCGGUAAAACCGAGUUGCUUCUUGAAUUCGCGUAUAGAUUUCAUCAAAGGUACAAAAUGGUGUUGUGGAUUGGAGGUGAAAGCCGAUACAUUCGACAAAACUAUUUGAAUUUAUUGUCGUUUUUAGAAGUCGAUGUGGGAAUCGAGUCGGGAUUGGAGAAAAGCAGGACGAAGAGCUUCGAAGAACAUGAAGAAUACGCGAUCGCCAGAAUCCGAAAAGAGCUUAUGAGAGACAUUCCGUUUCUGGUAAUAAUCGACAAUUUAGAAUCCGAAGAAGAUUGGUGGGAUCAUAAACACGUGAUCGAUCUUCUUCCUCGGUUUGGUGGAGAAACUCAUGUUCUUAUAUCCACACGGCUACCGCGGUUAAUAAACAUGGAACCAUUACGGCUUUCGUACUUAUCCGGAGUCGAGGCCAUGUCGUUAUUGCAAGGAAACGUAAACGACCGGCCUCUAUCGGUUUCUGAAAUCGUCGCGCUACGCACGAUCGAAGAGAAACUCGGUAGGUUGACUUUAGGAUUAGCCAUUGUCGGAGCGGUUCUUUCUGAGCUCCCGAUAACCCCGAGUCGGCUUUUGGACACGAUUAAUCGAAUGCCAUCGAGCGGACGAGAGAUCGAGAGUCGUUCUUUGAGGAAAAACAAGUUUCUUUUGCAGCUUAUUGACGUUUGCUUCUCGAUAUUUGACCACGCGGAUGGUCCAAGAAGUUUAGCAACUCGAAUGGUUCUUGCUAGUGGCUGGUUUGCACCGGGUCCAACCCCGGUUUCUUUACUGGCUCUAGCCGCUAAACAGAUUCCAGAAAAACAUCACCGCACUCGGUUAUGGAGGAAGAUUUUGCGGUCGUUAACAUGCGGUUGUUCUUCUUUAUACAACAAGAAAUCCGAAACCGAAGCAUGUUCGGUUCUAUUACGGUUCAACAUCGCUAGAAGCUGUACCAAAGACGGUCACAUCCGGUUUAACCAGCUGGUAAAACUAUACGCACGAAAACGAAGCAUCCCAGGGACCGCGCAUGCGGUAGUGCACACGAUCGUAACCCGCGGUACAAUUAUAAAUCACUCGGACCACAUCUGGGCUGCAUGUUUUUUGCUACUCGGGUUUGGGACCGACCCGGUGGUGAUCGAGACAAAAGCUUCAGAACUACCAGUUCUCGUAAAAGAAGUAAUCUUACCACUCGCGAUAAGAACCUUUGUCCGGUUUUCACGGUGCACGGCCGCAUUAGAGCUCUUGCGGUUGUGCACCAACCUACUCGAAGCAGCCGAUGAAGCGCUCGUGAAACCGGUCGAAAAAUGGUUGGAUAAAUCGUUGUGUUGGAAGCCGAUUAAAACCGAUGCGCAGUUAAACCCGAGUUUAUGGCAAGAUUUAGCUCUUUCAAGAGCUACUGUUCUUGAAAUUAGGGCAAAGUUGAUGCUUAGAGGGGGGCAGUUUGAUAUUGGGGAUGAUUUAAUUAGGAAAGCUAUAUUUAUUAGAAGUUGUAUUUGUGGUGAUGAUCAUCCACACACUGUAUCUGCACGUGAAACUCUUAGUAAACUUACAAGACUUAUAGGUAAUGUUCAAAUGCAUACUUCACCAUAGAUUUAUAUA